AUUACAGAUGUAAUCAGUAAUAACACUGUUACUGAAGCUCCAGAAACCAGGCCUCCCCUACACCCAGAAUGUCAACUCCACUGUAAUUUUGAAAGAGGCUUGUGUCAGUGGAGUCAGAUGCUCACUGAUGCUUUUGACUGGACAUGGCAUAGUGGCUCCACUCCCACUAUAAGAACUGGGCCUUCUUCAGAUCACACCACAGGAGGUGGCCACUAUCUUUACAUUGAAGCCAACAGUGCAACAUAUGGAGACACGGCUCGUCUCAUCAGCUCUGAGUGUUCUGACUCUGGUCCUCAGUGUCUGCAGUUCUGGUACCAUAUGUAUGGCUCAGCGGAUACAAUGGGCCUCCAUGUUUACCUCUUCCAGAACAGACUGGCCACUGCUGUCUGGCGGAAAAGGAAUGAUCAAGGAAAUAUGUGGCACCUGGCUCAGGUGGACAUUGACACAACUGGGACUUUUCAGAUCAUCUUUGAGGGGCGCAGAGGAUCCAACGAUCAGUCAGAUGUGGCCAUAGAUGAUAUAAAGCUUUAUCGUGGUCGUUGCUCAGAUCUGGAUGGUCUUGUUACAACACAACCUACCAAACCUGAUCUAAAUACCACAGCUCCCCCAAGUGUCCCUGAGUCAACCACUGCAGCUCCUCAGCCACCUCUGGUCAAUGAAACAGCUCAUCCUCCUGCAGUCAGUGUCACUAUAACUCCCACAGUGAAACAAAUUACAGAUGUAAUCAGUAAUAACACUGUUACUGAAGCUCCAGAAACCAGGCCUCCCCUACACCCAGAAUGUCAACUCCACUGUAAUUUUGAAAGAGGCUUGUGUCAGUGGAGUCAGAUGCUCACUGAUGCUUUUGACUGGACAUGGCAUAGUGGCUCCACUCCCACUAUAAGAACUGGGCCUUCUUCAGAUCACACCACAGGAGGUGGCCACUAUCUUUACAUUGAAGCCAACAGUGCAACAUAUGGAGACACGGCUCGUCUCAUCAGCUCUGAGUGUUCUGACUCUGGUCCUCAGUGUCUGCAGUUCUGGUACCAUAUGUAUGGCUCAGCGGAUACAAUGGGCCUCCAUGUUUACCUCAUCCAGAACAGACUGGCCACUGCUGUCUGGCGGAAAAGAAAUCAUCAAGGAAAUAUGUGGCACCUGGCUCAGGUUGACUUGGCAACAAUUGGAACAUUCCAGAUCAUUUUUGAAGGGCGUAGGGGUUCUAAUGAUCAGUCAGAUGUGGCCAUAGAUGAUGUCUCACUUCACCGUGGACACUGUGCAGAUCUGGCUAAUCCAACAACUCCUGCUGCCACAGCUAGACCACAACCAUCAAGCACAGUGCUACCAGAGCCUGGAACAACAGCCAGACCACAACCACCAAGCACAGUGCUACCAGAACCAGAAACAACAGCUAGACCACAACCACCAUCCACAGUUUCACCAAAGCCUGAAACAACAGCUAGACCACAACCACCAAGCACAGUGCUACCAGAACCAGAAACAACAGCUAGACCACAACCACCAUCCACAGUUUCACCAAAGCCUGAAACAACAGCUAGACCACAACCACCAUCCACAGUACCAGUAAAGCCUGAAACAACAGUCAGACCAAAACCAGCAAGCACAUAUCCACCAAAGCCUGAGACAACAGCCAGACCACAACCACCAUCCACAGUACCAGUAAAGCCUGAAACAACAGCCAGACCGAAACCACCAAGCACAUAUCCACCAAAGCCUGAGACAACAGCCAGACCACAACCACCAUCCACAGUACCAUCAGAGCCAGAAACAGCUAGACCACAAUCACCAUCCACAGUACCAUCAGAGCCAGAAACAACACCCAGACCACAACCACCAAGCACAUAUCCACCAAAGCCUGAGACAACAGCCAGACCACAACCACCAUCCACAGUACCAUCAGAGCCAGAAACAGCUAGACCACAACCACCAUCCACAGUACCAUCAGAGCCAGAAACAACACCCAGACCACAACCACCAAGCACAUAUCCGCCAAAGCCUGAGACAACAGCUAGACCACAACCACCAAUCACAUAUCCACCAAAACCAGAAACAACAGCUAGACCACAACCACCAAGCACAGUUCCACCAAAACCAGAAACAACAGCUAAACCACAACCACCAAGCACAGUUCCACCAGAGCAAGAAACAACAGCCAGACCACAACCAACAACCACUCAUGUACCAACACCUUCAUGUCCAGCAAACAGUCAUUACACCACUUGCAUCCCUGCAUGCAGUCCAACCUGUACAGACCUGAAUGGUCCACCACACUGCAGUGACAACGUCAGUUGCAUGGCAGGAUGUGUGUGUAACGAUGGCUUUGUGCAGAAAAAGAGGGCUUGUGUGCCCGUGCAACAGUGUGGUUGUGUGGAUAGGGAUGGCACCAAAUACCAAUUCAACGAAGUGUGGUACACCAAUCAUUGCAGUCAGAAAUGUGAAUGUGAGGAGGAUGAUGGCGUGGGGAAGAUUGACUGUGAUGACGCAGAUGACUGUGGUGGAAAUGCUGUCUGCCUUCAGAAUGAGAAGGGCGAAUAUUACUGCCAGUCUACAGGCUUCGGAGAGUGCACUAUCAACGGAGACCCUGAGUACAGAACAUUUGAUAAAAUGAAGCAUAACUUUGAGGGUGAACACUCGUAUGUGCUGGUCAGGACCAGCAACUUGCCAAAUAAUCUUCCUGAUGUCUACAUCGAGGGUAUCAAUGAGCAUAUCGUAGAUGAUGAUGAUGAUGAUGAUGAUAGUAGCAGUGAAGAAGACGACAAUCGCAGAGUCAGCGAAGAAGAUGAUGAAGAUGAAGAUGAAGACAGCGAAGAGCAGGAUGACCGCCACAGAUUACAAGGGCUUAAGAUCCGAGUGUAUAAUUACACUGUGGAGUUCAAGAACAGACGGAAGCUAAGAGUUGAUGGAAGGAGAACUAAUCCUCCCUUCUCAUCGACUGAUGGUCUAAUCAUCUGGGAACAUUCCUCUCACAUCUACCUGAAGACUGACUUUGGCCUGUCGGUGGCGUUUGACGGACAGAGCUCAGCAGAGAUCAUUCUACCCCGCCUUUAUAAAAGGAAGGUGGGAGGCCUGUGUGGAAACUUUGAUGGAAACAGGAGGAAUGAUAAGGUAAAGCCAGAUGGUACCAGGGCCUCAAGCACUCAGGAGUUUGGAGAGAGCUGGAGAGUGUGAACAUCACAUGGAAGAGACGUGGGCUUUAAAGACAGCCUGUGAAUGUUUUGUCUAUUAGUUGAUUCAUUGCGGUGUCAGUUUACAUAAAACUCCACACUCAUAAUUAUCACUGUAUUAAAUAAUAACAGGCUGGAUUUAUACUUAUUUAGUUUUUUUCCUUACACAACACACUCUCACAAAUUAGAGCUGUGAAGCAUUCUUAAACAUGGACAACCUUAUGCUGCCACACACAACACAAACAAUGUUCUAGUAGAUUUCCCAAGUGUAUGCACUUUUUUCUGGCUCUUCAAAGCUUUCAUGUCCGUUUUGAAAAAGUUACUCACGUCUUUAAAAUCUUGGCAAUUUUUUUAAAAGAAAUCUUUGUACUCAGUGACAACCUAUUACUGCAGCAAACACUGCAGGCCUACAGAGUAAUGUCUACACUGCAAGUAGUCAUACAACAUAAAGUGUCUAAAUAAUGCAAACGCACGACUGCAUAUGGAUUACUUAUCAUUAUGUGAUACUGCUAGAAACCAAUUAAAAUGAAUUGUAAAUAAUUACUGCUUGCACUUUGUCAUAAUGUGUACUGGACUACCAGCUUGUUGGUAGAUUUUCUGUUGAAUCCUCACUGUUCUAAUAAACAGGAACUGUGGUUACAUUGGA